AUGCUGCGUGCGUGCCAGUCGCACCGCGACUGCGGUCUCGGCGUGUGCAAUCCGUGGCGCGGCUGGUGCGAGUGUCCGGUCGGCUGGCGUGGCGCAAGCUGCGAGCAGAGCCUGCUCCCGUCGUGCGUGCUGCCGUCUGGCGGCCACCUUCCCGUGCGCUCGUGGGUGCUCCACGCGUUCCACAACGGCCCCGCGCGUGAUCGCUGGGACGACCGCAGCGCCAUCGGCCCCGUGGCGUGCGAGUGCCUCGCGGAAUGGGUCGCCGCGCCCUUCCUGCUUGAGCGCUCGCGGCUGAAUGGCAUGCGUGGCUGGACCACGCCGUGCAUUUCGCUGGCCGAGUCGGGCUCGGCCGGCGGCGCGUCAAGCUUCGCGGAGGUGCUCGCUCGCCCCAGCUCCGCGGUGUGGCGCCGCUUCUCCUUCGCGGCGGCGCACGACACGCUCCGGCUCGGGCUGACGCCGUCGCUCGCCUCGCGUAACAUGGACGAGGAGCUGCCGGCCGUCGCCGCCGUCCUCGCGCCGCUCCGCCAGAGAGCCGCGCAGAUCCGGGCGGUCGUCGACCCCGCCGACGCGACAGCGGCCGACUCCUGCCUGCUCGCCGAGCCGCCGCGCCUCCUCCUCAACGGCAGCGCGCCUCCCCUCCCGCUCCUCCCGCUCGGCCGGUGCCCCCGCGAAUGCGGCGGCCGCGGCUGGUGUGAGCCGGCGGCCUUCGGGCGGGCGUGGGCGGGCCGGCCUGGCUUCUGCAACUGCGACGUGGGCUACUGGGGCCUCGACUGCGCCCUCCGCCUCGCCGCGGACGGCAGUCCCGAGGCGGGAAGAUUUCGGUUCGGCGUCGACUUCGCCGCUGGCUUCGACGCGAGGCUGCUCGACCGCUUCCUCUCCUCGACGCGGCGCGAGGCGGACCCGUCGAGAGCAGACUACGCGCUGCUGCCCGGCCCGCCGCUCGUCAUCGACGGCCACCGCCUUCUCGCGCGGCUGUGGCACGUCCGCUCCCGCUCGCCGCUCUGGCGCGGGCACGCCGGCGCGCGUCACGCGAUGACCCUGCUCACGGAGCGCGCGUCGAUGGACUCGUUCCAGCUCUCGUACGCGGACCAGGACCGCGAGGAGUGGCCUGCGCUCGCGCUCGAGCCGCACGUCGUGGGCGUGCGCCGCGCCUUUGAGGAGCGGCUCCAGCUCGAUGAGCUCAUCGCGGCCGCGCGCGCAGAGGCUCCGCCAAGGCUGCCGUCACAAGUGCCACCACACCGCGCCUCGCGUCGCGCCGCUCGCCGCGGCGGGCGCAGCGUGCGCAGGCUGGUGACGCUGCUCAAGGAGGCGGUCGCGUGGCGGCGCGAGGCGGUCAGCGCCCCGAUCUUGGGCGGCUUGUUUGGACGGGGAGGCUACCAGCACCCCGCGACGUUGCGCGAGAGAGGGUGCGAGUUGCCCGACGACCUGAGGGCCGACUCGGCCAACCGCCGGUGGUUCGGGCUCCAGUUCAACGGAAACACGCAGCCGCCCGUCCACUUCAUGCGCGGCGUCGACGUCGCGAUGCCGCAGCUCCUCCUCUCUGCGCGCGGAGGCGCGUCGCCUCCACCAGGGCUGGCCGCGGCCGCCUCCGCGCACCCCUCGUGCGACCGCAUGGCCUCCUCCUCGCCGCACAGCCCAACCUUUGAGCGGCGCGGGCAGCACACGAGCCGCGCCACGCUACUGUGGUUUGGCGGCCACCCCGGCCACGGCAGCGCGCGCACGCAGCUCUUCCGCCGCUUCCGCCACGACGGCCUCGCCGAGCCGGGGUUCGUGUUGGCGGACUCGCUUCGCGGCCGGCCCGAGGACCGGAGGGACGCUGUCAACAUGAGCCUCGGCUCGGUGCUGCGCGGGGCGUGCGCGGUGGGUGCGGCGCGUCCGGGCGACGGCGACCCGACCCGCCACAUGGUCGCAAUCUUCCACGGCUGCGUGCCGGUCUUUACGCUCGGGGCAUCUGCGGCGACGGACGACGCGCUCCCCUUUGAGGAGCUGCUACCGUGGUCCGAGUUGUCGCUACGCGUGCCGUCCAACGACCUCAGCAGCUUGCCCUCGCGGCUGUGGGAGGUGGCCGCCGACGGUCCCAGAUUGCGCGCAAUGCAGGCCAAGCUUGGCUGCGCGUGGCGGUCGCUCUUUUGGUCGUCCCUCGUCGGCUCGUGCUUUGGCGAGCCGACCGACGACGGCGGCGACGCGUACGGCGCCCUCAUGGCGGUGUUGCGCGCGCGGCUGUUGCGUCGCGGUUCGGCGGCGCUGGGCGGGUGUGCCGGCGUGCCGCGCGCUGCCAGUAGCGCCGAGUCGCCGCCAGGGGCCGACCCCGCGUUGCUGCGGUUGCGGCCGACGUGA